GAGAGUCCCCACGGAGAACCGGAGUGGGAAGAUGGCCCACAAGUGUCCCUAAGGGGGUUCUGGGCUGCUUAGGACCACACUGUCCCCUCUCCACGGCCCUGAGGGUGCCAGCACCCCCUUUCAGUACCAGGGCUAGGAACUGGGGCCCUUGCCAGGCCACAGGUCAAGGCUGGGGUUUCUGCCCUGGCUAUUCUGGCCAGAAGUCCGCAGUCCUAGCUCUUCCCUGUCCUGUCCCGCAGGCCACCGGUUGUCAGUAGAGGUUUAUGCUCCUCAGCAUAAACUGUGUCCAGAUCUGUAGCCUGCCCAUCCAGCCCUCCAGGCAGCCUCUUCCCAGUGAGUUGUGCCCCCGAGGAAGGACAGAGGCCCAGCAUGGGGGCAGUGGGCUGAAUCCAUCCCCCGAGCGUGCCACGGCCCAGGGGAGGCCAGCCUGCCUGGCAGUUGACACCCAGCCCUCCCCCCAGCUCCCGGAUAAUGAGCUCCCACAUGGCAGGCCUGGGCCUGGACAAGAUGAAGCUGGGCAAUCCCCAGUCCUUCCUAGACCAGGAGGAGGCAGAUGACCAGCAGCUGCUGGAGCCAGAGGCGUGGAGGACCUACACCGAGCGCCGCAAUGCCCUGCGUGAGUUCCUGACUUCGGACCUGAGCCCGCACCUGCUCAAGCGCCACCACGCCCGCAUGCAGCUGCUGCGUAAGUGCUCCUACUACAUCGAGGUCCUGCCCAAGCAUCUAGCCCUGGGCGACCAGAACCCAUUGGUGCUGCCCAGCGCCGUGUUCCAGCUCAUCGACCCCUGGAAGUUCCAGCGCAUGAAGAAGGUGGGCACAGCUCAGACCAAGAUCCAGCUCCUGCUGCUCGGGGACCUACUGGAGCAGCUGGACCAUGGCCGUGCUGAGCUGGACGCCCUGCUCCAGUCACCGGACCCACGGCCCUUCCUGGCCGACUGGGCGCUGGUGGAGCGGCGGCUGGCGGACGUGUCGGCCGUCAUGGACAGUUUCCUGACCAUGAUGGUGCCGGGACGGCUGCACGUCAAACACCGCCUGGUGUCUGAUGUCAGUGCCGCCAAGAUCCCGCACAUAUGGCUCAUGCUGAGCACCAAGAUGCCCGUCAUGUUUGACAGAAAAGAGUCGGCGGCCCACCAGGACUGGGCCCGGCUGCGUUGGUUCGUCACCAUCCAGCCGGCCGCCUCGGAGCAGUAUGAACUGCGCUUCAGGCUGCUGGACCCGCGGACGCAGCAGGAGUGCGCCCAGUGUGGCGUCAUCCCCGUGGCUGCCUGCACCUUCGACGUCCGAAACCUGCUGCCCAACCGUUCCUACAAGUUCACCAUCAAGAGGGCCGAGACCUCCACGCUGGUGUACGAGCCCUGGAGGGACAGCCUCACCCUGCAGACCAAGCCGGGGCCCCUGGAGGGGCCCACCCUCAGCCACUCUGUCCGAGAGAUGAUUUUCUAAUAUUUAUCCACUAAUAAAGAGGAGUGUAAAUGCACAUACGGAAUUAAAGACACAAACCUAUUUAUGUUUUAAAGGCAG